AUGCACGGCUACUUUAUGGACUGCCGGCUCCACGCCAAGCUGAAAGCCGCGCUGGAGCCCUUCGCCUUUGAGGAGUACCGCAAGCAGAAGGUGAAGGAGAGGCUUGAAGCCAAGCGCACCAUGCGCACCAGGAUCAGGAACUCCAGCAAGGUCAAUGUGAACCCCAGCUUCCACCAGCAGCUGCAGGAUACGGCGGAAGAAGGCACAUCUGCCGGAGCUUCCAAGAAGAGGAAGGAGGCCGCGGACAAGGCGAAGCGGAUCCUCGAAGAUCAGCGCUUCCAGGCCGGAAGCGGACCGCGUUAA